AUGACGGACCCUAAUUGGAAUGGUGCGGAGGUGAUUCAAUUUAAUUAUGGGUUAUCUCGAUCGAAUCUUUGGCCUAAUCAAUCUGGAAGAAUCUCCUUCUUUUGGAAAGGGGUGUUGAGCUGUCUUCCGGCUUUAAGGAGUUGUCUCUCCCACAAAAUCUCUACAGGCAAGGAGACAUUCUUUUGGAGAGACUGCUGGAUCAACGGUGUCGCCCCUAUGCAUCUUUGGCCUGUCGAGUACAGUGAGUGCCGCCACACUAAUAGCACUAUCUAUGAGCUUAGACACUUAUUGGAGGAGCAGCCGUUCAUCGACAAUGAAUUCGUCAGAAUGUGUUCUAUUGGUGUUCAGACAGCGGAUAGUCACUCAAGAGACAUUAAGAGUUGGAGACUUACUGGAAAUGGGAUUUUCUCGGUCAAAUCCUUCUAUAAUCUUUUAAUUGAUGGAGGACUCAGAUGCCCGAUCUCACGAUUCUUCUGGAGAAAUUGGUGUCCUAGAAAAAUCAAUCUAUUUAACUGGCUUGUGUGGCAAAACAGAAUCCUUUCGUUGGAGAACUUAGCUCGAAGGAGAUGUAACAGAUUACCUACUGCUACGUGCGUCAUGUGUAACGGCGGGAUUGAAACGGUCGACCACUUGUUUAUCCACUGCUCCUAUGCCAAUCUUGUCUGGGAUUACUUCAUCAGAAUCCUUCGUCUUCCACAGUUACCGUUAUCGAUUCAGGAUCUUUGGGGUCGGUGGAGAUAUGGUUUGCACUCGGAGAGGAGGGCCUUUGGGGACUUAGUGGCGAAAGCAAUAAUUUGGAAUCUUUGGAUAGCUAGGAAUGAUUGCAUUUUCAAUGCCAAUAUUUUGCAUGCUCAAUGUCUCAUUGUGAAAAUUGACCGUAUGCUUGUAUCUUGGUACUCUUCUCUCACAGAUGGACCAAAGUUGAAGUUGGAGGAGGAUUUCAACACUGUCAGACGAAGCUUAGAGUUCCUUGGCCCUCGUGUGAAGGCAUUCGAGGAGACCCGGUCUUCUGAGGAGACGCUCGACCCUAGCACCGGCUAG